CUGGAUGAGCACAAAUAGACCUGAGCAGGUCAAGAUAGCCCAAAGGCUUCUGUUCGCACAAAGCACUUUGUUUAUAUCAGACGGAGACCUUCAGUCCUCUACAGAGUGAUUUGCAUCACAUCCAACGUCGCCACCGGGAAUGAAGCUCCUACUCAGUUUGACGCUUCUCGCCGCAGCGUCGUGCGUCCUCAGCUUUGCCUCUGCGGACCAAAUGAAUGUCUUCUCAGAGGACAUCUUAAAACAGCUGUCGGAGGAUGGCGAGAAGCUCGUGAACGAGGAGCUGAGGAGAGCGCUGUACGGCGUCAAGCAGAUGAGGGAGGUGAUGUGGAGGAACGAGCAGAAGCACGAGCACCUCAUGAGCUCCCUGAAGCACAGCGGCGACAAGAAGAAGGGGGCAGCCCAACUGGCAAAGGACGUGACUGAGAAGCUGGAGGAGGCAGAGGAGCAGUGCAAAGACUCCCUGCAGUCAGAGUGGGAGGAAUGCAGGCCCUGUCUGGAGGAUGCAUGUAAAACCUUCUACACCUCCACAUGCCGCAGGGGCUUCGCUUCCUUCCGCACCAAGGUGGAAAGCUUUUUCCAAAGAGUCUCCAGGCGCUUUGGUCCCAGAGAGCGGCCCCUGGAGGCAGGGGACAUCUUGGUGAACCAGGGCCCCGACGAAGCGGAGACAGACGUCGUCCAGAUUGAGGAUUCUUUCAGGCGAGUGCUGAGCAAGGUGGGGACCCUUGUGAACCGCAGCAUCGCCCUGGUCUCCCGGAUGAGCAGCAAGUUCGACAGAGUCCUUCAGAAGGCCUUCCUGAACGACACGGACGCACCGACGGAGGAAAGCGCCUCCGACCCCUAUUACCCCGGCCGCGACUCGGGCUUUCUGCAGGGCGUCGGGCUGGAGGAGGUGCUGGAGUCCUUCUUUGACUUUGGGAAGAGCGUGGUGGAGGAGUUUGGAGCUGUGGUCACCCAGGUGUUUGACGACCUUCAACAGACCGUGGAGGAGGAGACAAAGAAGGAGAGGGAAAGCUUCCCCCGCUUCCUGCAGAACAGGAGGCUCUGCAAAGACCUCCGCAGGCAGACGUCAGAGUGCUGGCAGCUACAGAACAAGUGCGAGGCCUGCCGGGGAGCGCUGCUCAAAGAGUGUCCCAGUGUUCGAGAGCUGCACGUGGAGCUGGAUGAGAUAUCCCAGCUGCUGGACGUCUCCAAAGAGCAAUACGACGAGAUCUUGUCCAUCGUCCAGCGUCACACCGAUGAGACCGUCAAGUGGCUGAGCAACCUGGCGGCCGAGUUCAGCUGGGUGGCCCAGGCUGUGAGCAACGGCAGCGGUCCUCAAAACAUCUUCCGCAUCACGAUGGUGGCACCAGAGAGCCACGAUGAACAGAACAUGUCUGCCACUGAGACCAAGGUGGAGGUGAACAUCCUGGACUCUCCCCCCCUCAUGCUCAACAUCCCCGGCGAGCUGGAGCUGCAGGAUCCAGCCUUCAUCCAGGUCGUGGCCCAGGAGGCUCUGGACAAGUACAAGGAGAUGGUUAGGAUUGAAGAGGAAUAAAACUGCAAGGUCUUCGUCAUCUUUCGCACCUUCUUCGUGGACACAGCUAGACGACCCGUAGCAGACGUCUCGGUGGUGAAAUACGACCCAGACUAACAGCUGUAACCUGUGUUUUCCCUGAAUUGUUUCAAGCAAAUGUGUUCUUCCUGUUCCAUUGUUAAUAAGUUAAUAAAAUAUAUUCUACUCAA